ACUGACCACUGGGGAACUGCCUCGCUGUGCCCACUCUCCCGUCCCAGGCCUCCCUGUCCAGCAUGGCCAAGCAUUCACUGCCGCUGCUGCUGGCCGUGUGGGUGCUGGCCGGGGGGCUGUGGCUGGAAGCCGAAGCCCGGAAAGCACCUAAUGGCUCUUUGAUGCAGCUUUGCCACUGGAAAUUCGUCCAAGCAAUCUUCCUCACCUGCGGAGGCCCCAGAUGGAGGCGCUCAGACAACCUGGCCCAGGAAGCAAUGGGGGACGCCUUCCCAGACACUGACCCCUAUGCAGACAGCCAGCUGGAAGAGGCAGUAGGCUCCAGCGACUGGCUGGUCCUGACCAAGCCCCCCCAGGCUCUCUAUGGCGGCCAGCCCAGCUGGCAGGGGACCCCCGGAUCUCUGCGUGGCAGCCGAGAUGUCCUGGCUGCUCUGGAGAGCUGCUGCGAGUCGGAGUGCAGCAAGAGUGAAAUCAGCAGACUCUGCUAGACCGGGGGACUGGGCAGCCGGGGGGACCAGG